AUGGAGUCAUGUGCUUCUCGCUGUCACGAGAAGUUUGACCGGGAUGCUGCCUGCCAGUGUGACCGCCGCUGUCCGCGCCACGGGGACUGCUGUGAGGACUAUGAACAUCUGUGUACUGCUGAAGAGGACCCCACAGAACCCGAUACACACCUGGAGCUGGAAGAAGCCCCGGCCAGCUACCUGUACUCAGCACCCAACUCCUGCCAGGGCCGCUGCCGAGAAGCCUUUGACAAACACCACCCCUGCCACUGCAACCACCGCUGCCAGGAAUUUGGGAACUGCUGCGAAGACUUUGAGAGCUUGUGUGGUGACCACGAGGGUUUCUCCCACAGCAGUGACACUAUCACCAAAGAAGAGCUCCAGAGCAUCUCUGAGAAGAUCUACAAGGCAGACACCAACAAGGCCCGCAAGGAAGACAUCAUCCUCAAUAGCCAGAACCGCAUCUCCCCAGCUGAGACCGGAGACCAAGUAGAUCGCUGCCCAGAGCCGCUCUUCACCUAUGUCAACGAGCAGCUGUUCUCCAAGCCCACCUAUGCGGCCUUCAUCAACUUGCUCAACAACUACCAGCGAGCCACUGGCCACGGGGAGCACUUUAGCACCCAGCAGCUGGAUGAGCAGGCUGUCUUCCUCAGGGAGAUCAUGAAGACAGAUGUCAUGAAAGAACUUUAUGGCUUCCUCCAUCUUCAGAAUCGCUACAGCUCUGAACAAGAGUUCAUUGAAGACUUAAAGCACAUGUGGUUUGGGUUGUAUUCAAGAGGCAGUGAAGAGGGAGAUUCCAGUGGCUUCGAACAUGUCUUUUCAGGUGAAGUAAAAAAGGGUAAAGUCACUGGCUUCCAUAAUUGGAUCCGCUUCUACCUGCAGGAGAAGGAGGGUUUGGUUGACUACUACAGCCACAUCUAUGAUGGGCCGUGGGAUUCCUAUCCUGAUGUGCUAGCAAUGCAGUUCAAUUGGGAUGGCUACUACAAGGAAGUGGGCUCAGCUUUCAUCGGCAGUAGCCCUGAGUUCGAGUUUGCCCUCUACUCCCUGUGCUUCAUUGCCAGACCAGGCAAAACGUGCCAGUUAAGCCUGGGUGGAUACCCCUUGGCCAUCCAGACCUACACCUGGGACAAGACCACCUACGGGAACGGCAGGAAGUACAUUGCCACAGCGUAUGUGGUGUCUUCCACCCAAUAGAGCCUCAAGCUGGACAGGAAGGGCUCACUCAGAACUGCGGCACUGUCUGCUCUGGACCCACAUCCUAAAUCUACAAAAGAGGACUCCCCCAAUCCUUCAGGGAAAUAUACCAAUUAGGAAAAUGUAAAGAAAUGGCCAACCCUUUAUUUUAAGGAACAUAGACUAAGAAACAGACUUCUGGGAGGAGAGAGUGGGACCACAGCCUGCCCAUGGCCUUGACUGUGAUUUAAAGGGGAGGGGUUGCCUCCUUUGCUCUUUUCAGAGUGGGUGAGAGGGUAAACCUGCUGAUAUCAUUACUGUGAAGGAGUUUUCAAUUGUUCUUAGGAAGAACGACUAAACACAAUUCAAAGUUUCUAUAACGGCUGUUAUUGUAUACAGCGCAGGUGGAAGGGGGCGUACAGUUCAGCCUUGUGUUGGGCUUGUCUUUUCUAGAAUUAAAUCUCAGGAUAGAGUCUGGGAAAAUUUGAUGUGGGCCAAGCAGGGUAAUGGCUGGAACAGUGAGUGGGCUGGGGCCUGUGGCUUCCUCUAGGUGUGUGUGUGUGUGUGUGUGUGUGUGUGUGUGUGUGUGUGUGUGUGUGUGUGUGCUGGUCCAGGGGCUUAAGCUCAGGUUCUCCCAUGCUCACUUAGCUUUUUCACUCAAGGCUGAUGCUCUACCACUUGAGCCAUGCCUCAACUUCUUUUUUUUUUUUUUUUUUUUUUGGCUGGUUAAUUGGAGAUACAAGUCUCACAAACGUGUCCCCCUAGGCUGGCUUCAAACUUAUCUAAUCCUCAGAUCUAGGAUUAUAGAGAUGGGUGCCCAUGAAUGCCUGGCGUCCAGCUGUUGGUGAGUGCUUUUGUAGCCAACUCACUAUCUGCUUCCCACUGUGUAGAUGUUGGGUGC